UGUCAGAUAGACAAAAAUUCUUUUAAAUGUAUGUGCCCGACACCAUUUUCUGGAGAUACUUGUGAGAAAGAAGAUGAACAAACAGAUCCAUGUGAAAGAAACCCGUGCCAGAAUGGAGGAACAUGUCAACUGGAUGAUGAUAAUAAGAACUAUACAUGUGAUUGCUUGAAGGGUGUCAGGGGCAAUAACUGUGAAAUUAUUAAUUGGUGUGAAAAUAAUACAAAAAUCUGUGGACGAGCAUUAUGCAAAUAUGAUAAAAACAUAGAAUCUGGUUUUUGUUUUUGCGAUGAAGGAUUCUAUUUUAAUGCCAAGGAAGGAAAAUGCGAAGAAUUGGACAAAUGUUUAUUUCAGCGCAUUAACGGUAACUGCAGUCGUAAACAUGAGACAUGCGACAGCAAGGGCAUCUGCAAAUGCGAAGACAAUUAUGCUUACAAUGAGGGAAAUUCUGCUUGUGAACCUGAUUUCUGCGGGAAAAAAUCAGGGAAAAAGUCGCCUUGUGGACCGAAUAUGGAUUGCAGCAUUAACGAUAGGAAUUUUUCUUGUUCCUGUAAAAAAGGAUUCCGACAAUUUGGUCAGAAAUGUGUAAAAGUUGAUAAGUGUGCACCUGGAGUAUCACAGUGUCAGCAGAAAUGCACGAACGGUAAAUGUUUGUGCUUUGAAGGGUUCACAUUGAAAGCUGAUAAUUACACAUGUGAACGCAAAGAAACUACUUCAGAAUGCAAUUUGGAGUGCGGCCACCUGGGCACUUGUGUGAAUGAAGGAAAUACUACUAAAUGCAAUUGUCCUCAAAUAUCCCACGUUCUCAGGAACAACACUUGCAUUGAUAAAUGUGCUGCUGGAUUGAUUUCGAAAGAAGAGUGCCCUAGUGAAGUCGGUUGCCUAUCUGAUGAAGGCCAUGGAUACACAUGUAACUGUACUGGAAAAUUCGGUUUUGCAGACGAUAAUAUACACUGUCGAGCCAAACAAAUGUGUAGCGAAGGAGAUGGGAACGAAAUCUGUUCAAAGAAAAAUGAGCUCUGCGAAGACGAUUUUGCUUCACCUGAGGGAUACGAAUGCAAAUGUAAAUUCGGUUAUGAAAGGGAGGAGAGUACGGGCGUAUGCCGCCAUAAAUGUGAGAUAGCUAGCUGUGACAAAAAACAGGCGCUUUGUAUUAUAACUGAUCAGAAUAAAGCUGAGUGCAUAUGUCCACCUCUUCUCGUAAAAAGCUCAGAGGGUAAAUGCAAUCAAUUAGCUAAGUAUUCGUAUCUUGGUGAUUUCGCGGUACCUAAAGAAAAAUAUCAACUUAUUAGGAACAAAAAUAGUGGACGGAUGAAAAGGGACAUCUCUAAAGACAUCAAUUAUUCAAAAUUGUUAAAUGAUUUUGGAACAUCGAUGAAAAAAAUUUUUGAAAGUUAUGUUGAUGCCUCGAUCCUACGUUGCACUGACAAAGACGAUGAUUUGUCUUGUUCUCUGGAAAUCAAAUUAAAAGAAGACCCAAAAGAAAAAAUAAAUAUUGUGUCAACACCUUCAGUUUGCCUAUCGAUGGACGAAUCUCACUGCUUAAUACAACCGGACUUUGUCAUCAGAAAAAGAUCAGAAGAAGUGUUUCACAAGACAGAUCCAUGUAGUGAAAUCGUGAAUGAAAAAAUGUGCGGUAAAGAGACUCAAUGCAAGGUUUUAAAUCCACGUGGUUUCAAAUGCGAGUGCAGACAAGGAUAUUUCCGAAGAAACUAUUAUGUACCUGCUCCGGACGUGGUGAUUGAGGUUUGCGAAGAUGUGAAUGAAUGCCUCAAGCCUAACAUUUGUCCCAAUACCACGACAUGCUCGAAUUUCCCAGGAGAUUAUACUUGCAAGUGCAUAGACGGAUAUCAUUUGGAGAAAGGAAAAUCCGUGAAAGUUGAUGGUUGCAAAGCCGUUUGUGAUCCAAACCCAUGUGACCACGGUAAAUGUUCAGUAACAGGAAAAGACGGAUUCUUAUGCAGUUGUGAUGAUUUAUACACUGGCCGUUUCUGCAACCAAACAAAUGGUGCUAUUAAAGAUAUAAAACAAGCAGGAACGAAAACUUCAGCAAUUGUCGGCGGAGUUCUCGGAGCAUUCCUUGUGAUGGCAAUUAUUAUUUGUAUAAUCCUCUUCCGAAAAAUUCAAAAACAAAAAUCCAUUGAUGAGACUGAAGAAUAUGUACGUCAGAGAAAACGUGGACUAGUUUCUGAAAUGAGGAAACUUGGUAGAAGACAACCAGAAAACGAUGAUGUCGAGCUCAGAGACAAUGAGAGAAGACCCAAUCGCGAAAACGAGGAUCAAGGGUACAAUUCUCAGUAUCGAAUCAACCCGAUUGACAGUAUGUCCAUUCCUAGGCCUCAGUUGGGUAGGUCAGCAGAUAAAGGCUCUAAUGAUCGAGAUGAUAUGUCAGAGAGACGUGAAAGUGGUGACUACAGAAGAGGGUACAAUGGCGACGACAGAAUUCUUCCCAAGGCGCAUUCCUCAAGACACACCAAUGAAGAAGCCCGCCGAUCAAGCCAGAGGGAUGAUGAUAGGCAGGAAAGGUCUCGAAGACCUCCAUCAAGGUCAAGUGACCCCUUAGAUAAUGAAAAGAGAGGUGUUAGCCGAAUGCAGUAUAGGAAUAGGGGUUAUGAAGAAGACUGAUUCAGAUAAAUUAAUUAUAUGAGGAGCUUCGAAGUGUAAAUUAUAGAGUGACAGGACUGACAACUUUGGUGAGAAUUUUUUAUGUAAAAAUCUAUGCUAUUAUUUUGUGUUUCAGAGGUCUUUCAAAAAGUGCUUGAGCUUUUCAUUUUUCUUUAUAAUGCAUUCAUUUAGUAUAAUCAUGUGUGAAAAAAAAUUAAUCUGAGUAUUUUUUUAAAGUUAUUUUUGUAUUUUUGUGCAUUGAUUCAUUGAUUUUGUGUUCAGUUAUAAAAAUGUGCAUCUAUAAUAAAAGGCUUUGUCGAAAC